AUCGUGCCACUUGGAGUGUGACCAGCGGAGGUUAAUCGAGGCCACAAUUCACAUCUCUUUCACGUGGUGAAAGUUGUGUUUUGGAAAUUUUUUUCCUAAUUCAGAGAGCGAUCGCUUCGACAUAGCAAAUUUUAAAAUGUCUUCCUUGGAGAGUUGUUAUAGAGGAGCUUUAGCGGCGACUCCAGACCCUGCCACGUAUUAUCGGAGGAGAUAUUUAUGUGCUUCACCGUCAGGCGGUGGGAAAGGAAAAAGGCAUCCAGGAAAAGCGAUUCUCGCUGGGGGUAUAGCCGGUGGACUGGAAAUCUGCUGUACAUUCCCCACUGAGUAUGUUAAAACCCAGGUACAACUUGAUGAACGAGCAGCUAAACCCAUGUACAAAGGUCCUGUUGACUGCGCUGUAAAAACAGUGAAAAGCCAUGGUUUCUUUGGUCUCUACAGAGGUCUUAGUUCACUGUUGUAUGGUUCAAUACCAAAAGCAUCUGUAAGAUUUGCAACAUUCGAGUAUCUAAAAAAUCAAAUGGCAGAUGACAGGGGUAAAUUAUCACAAGUACAGACACUGAUGUGUGGGUUAGGUGCUGGUGUGAUGGAGGCAGUUGUUAUUGUAUGCCCUAUGGAAACUGUUAAAGUCAAGUUCAUUCAUGAUCAAACGCAGCCAAAUCCAAGAUUCAAGGGUUUCUUCAGUGGUGUUGCAACAAUAGUGAAAUCAGAAGGGUUAGGUGGAGUAUACAAGGGAUUAACAGCGACAGUAAUUAAGCAGGGAACCAAUCAGAUGAUCCGUUUCUUUGUCUACUCCAACCUGAAGAGUUACCUUCAAGGAGGAGAUCCAAGCAAAGACAUUGGCUCUAUAAAAACAUUCAUCAUUGGCGGUAUAGCCGGAGCUGCAAGUGUCUUUGGUAACACUCCAGUCGAUGUGGUAAAAACAAGAAUGCAGGUUGGUUGCAACUCAAUUACUCAAGGCUUUGCCAUUGGUGGGGAGGGGGGCAGAGAGAGGGGUGGGUGGGACAGUUACCACACAACCAUUAAUUUCUUUUUAAAAAACAGCCAUUGUUAGUAAUUCAUUUUAGGGUGAAGUCAUAGGUUUUUGAGCCAUUUUGCUUGUCAGAUUUUUCUCUCUUAGGACUUCCCAUUAGCAUUGCAGAAUAGACACACCAUUAUAUG